AGCUCAGUUACAUUUUGUGACUCGCCAUUGACGGUUGUUUUUUUGACGGGCAAUUUGUGACGAAUUUAUUUUCUUCUUUGGUUUCGAGUGAAUCGCCAGUGACCCAUUGAUCUCGUGCGGUUUAAAAAAAAUAUAAAAAUCACAAUGACAAAAAAUUAAUAAAAAAAAUAAUAAACAAAAGAAAAGAAACAAAGUCUCGUGAUAAUUAAAGAAAAAAAAGAAACGUUUGAUAAAAAAACAAAGAAAUUUUGUUCUUAAAAAUAUAAAAAAAAAAAUAAAUAAAAACCCAUAUUUACCCAGAAACUAACAAAAACCCACCAUGACUUCUCCAUCCACCACCAAGGAGGUAGUUGUGGCCCCGCCCGUGGAACCCCACAAUCUGCGCAAGGACAAAAGUUUAUGGCGUGACUUGACUUCGUAUUGGAUAUUGGGUCUCUGCAACAACUAUGGCUAUGUUGUGAUGUUGAGUGCGGCCCAUGAUAUUAUUGGGCAAUUUCAUGAGGAUGUCCCAUCGAAUGAUGAUACUGGUGGCAAAGGACGAGAAUGUCACAUUGUCUCAACGGGAGCUAUUCUCUUGGCCGACAUCCUACCCUCGUUGUUUGUGAAAAUCAUAAUGCCCUUCUUUCCGUUUUGGGUGCAUUUUCGUAUUGCCUUGGCUGUGCUGUUUUCUGCUGCCGGUUUCCUUUUGGUUGGCUUUGCCUCGGCCGAAUGGAUGGCCUUGUUUGGUGUCAUUAUAACUUCAGCCAGUUCGGGUAUUGGAGAGACAACAUUCUUGGCGUAUUCAUCGAAUUUUAAUAAAAAUGUUGUUUCCACCUGGUCCUCAGGUACGGGUGGUGCCGGUGUCAUUGGUUCUUUAUCCUAUGCCACGCUACGCUCCCUAAACGUCAGUCCCCGUGACACGAUGUUAAUUAUGUUGGUAUUCCCCUUCAUUGAAGCCUUGGCCUUUUGGGUUCUGUUGCGCAAGCCCACCGCAGUGUUGCCCGUCACCAAUGUCGAAUCGACCGAAGAACUCAUUGUCGAUGAUCGUCCGUUGGAGGGUUUCAAGGAAAAACUGAUUUACAUCAAGCAGCUGGUGAAAUAUAUGGUGCCCUUGGCCUUGGUCUACUUCUUUGAGUAUUUCAUAAAUCAGGGAUUGUUCGAAUUGGUCUACUUCCAAGACACCUUCCUGGACAAGGCAGCCCAAUAUCGUUGGCUGAAUGUGGACUAUCAAAUUGGUGUUUUCAUAUCCCGUUCCUCGGUCAAUGUCUUCCAGCUGAACAAGAUUUGGCUAAUGUCCGUCUUCCAGUUUGUCAAUGUGGUGUACUUCCUGACGGAGGUCAUUUAUUUCUAUACGCCCAGUAUUUGGAUAACAUUUGUCAUUGUGCUGUGGGAAGGUUUGCUGGGUGGUGGUGCUUAUGUCAAUACCUUCUAUAGAAUGUCGAAGGAGAUACCUCCGGGCCGUCGUCAAUUUGCCAUGGCCAUGGUGGUGCAGUCGGAUUCCUAUGGCAUUGCCUUGGCCGGUUUCCUUUCGAUACCCGUGCACAAUGCCAUCUGUUCCCUGCCGGCAGCAGUGAGAAGUUUGACGUGGUAACCUAGUUUCUCUCCCCUCUCUCUCCCUCUCUCUCUCUCGAUCUUUCUUUCUGAGUGGGAGUUAUGAUCCCUGAAAAUAGUCAAUAAUUUUAAAUCGAUUUUAAGUCUUCCACAUCUUGUUUUUUUGUUGUAUUACGCACCACCACAAUUCUGUGUAGAAGUAUUUUUUGUUGUAUUUUUUUUGUUUAGUUAUUAGUUAAUGUACAAAAAAGAAUUUAAGUUUUGAAUUUAGUAGUUGUUUAAGUAUCGAAAGCAUUAUUUUAAUUAUUAUUAUCGAGAUUAAGGUAUCUAAAAUUAUUCCUAGAGAGAAUAGUGCGAAAAAGACAAGUUAAAUAUACGAUAA